AUGCUAUUGGUAAAGAACCUAGAGCAGAAACAUACCAAACAAGCGCUGAUUUCAUUUGGCUUUCAGAGACCAUUGUUAAAGCAAAACAUUGAUGAGCAUCCGAAGUGGCAAGAGGUUCACAUGGAGGUGGAAGAGAUAUGGUUUCGAUUGGGCGAUACUGUUAAGAAAUGGAAUGAACGGGUUGAAGUUGAGUUGGGUGUAGGUAGAUGGGUUGAAUAA